AUGGAGAAAAACGUGCCACUAGCCUGGUUUGGGGUCGCGGGCGGCUACUUGACCGGACGCAAGCUCAUAUUUCCGCUCUGCCUGGUCAUCUCUCUCUUCUUCCUCUGGGGUUUCUCCUACGGUCUCCUCGAUGUGCUCAACAAGCACUUUCAGGAUGUCCUCGACAUCACCAGGCUCGAAUCCACUGGUCUCCAAGUCAUGUACUUUGGCGGUGGUUACCUCUGCUUCUCUCCCGUCGCCGCUGAAGUCAUGAAGCGCAAGGGCUACAAGUUCACCAUCAUCAUGGGUCUUUGCCUCUACUCAAUCGGCGCUGUCAUGUUCUGGCCGACUGCCCACUUCGCCUCUGAGGACACCAAGACUGCGACAUUCGGUGGCUUCCUCGCCUGCACAUUCGUCAUCGCCUGUGGUCUCGCGACCCUUGAAACCUCGGCCAACUCCUACGCAGUUGUCAUUGGCGACCCGUCCUACGCCUCUGCCCGUCUCCAAUUCUGUCAGUCGUGGAACGGUGUCGCCUCAUUCGUCGGUCCCCUCAUCGCCUCCAAAGCUUUCUUCGCUGAGGGCAACGACAACCUCACCAACGUGCAGUAUGUCUAUCUGGCCGUCGCCUGUGCCGGUGCUGCCGUGGCAGUAUUAUUCGUAUUCGCAAAAUUACCCGAGGUCGCUGAAGGCGCCAAGCGUGCUGGUUCUAUCGUCGGCGGCGACAGCAUCGACGAAUUCGGCGAGUUCUUGCAGGACAAGCCUCUCUACAAGGAGUACAACAUGAUCUUCGGGUUCGUUGCUCAGUUCUGCUACGUCGGCUCCCAGGUCGCAUGCGGAACCUUCUUCAUCAACUACGCCACGGACAACGCCUCAUUUUCGAAGACUCAGGCUUCGCAGAUGUUGUCCUAUGCCUUGAUCACCUUCACCGUUGGCCGAUUCAUUGCCACCGGUCUGGCCACCAUCUUCGAAUCCAACUUCCUCCUUGUGGUCUACAGCUCCCUCGCCAUCGCUCUGACCGCCUACGUCUCCGCCUCAGGCGGCACAUCCGGCGUGGCCGUCCUGAUCGUCGUUUUCUUCUUCAUGGCGCCCAUGUACCCCUGCAUCUUCACCCUCGGAACCGCCAACCUCGGCAGGAACACCCGUCGCGGAGCCGGUAUCCUCGUCAUGGGCGUGUCCGGAGGAGCCGUCUUCGCUCCUAUCCAGGGUGCCAUUGCCGAUGCCUCCAGCACCGAGCUGUCCUACGUCGUGCCAACCAUCGGCUUCGUCGUUGUCCUCGCCUACGUCGGCUUCCAUUGGUUCCGCCACGGCAUGCACAUCAUGCGCAUCAAGGGCGAGAAGGUCAUUGCUACUUCGCUCGAGGGUGGUGCGGUUGGUGGUGUUGUGCAGACUGUUCACUACGACGAGAAGCGUCUUUCCGUUGUCGAUGUUCAGGAGGGCCGCAGGUCGUCGGUCGUCAACGGUGCCACUGGUGGCUUCGCCCCAGUCAAGUACUAG